AUGACCCCAAGAGCAGGCAACGUCACGCAUGGCGGGCAUCGUGCAGCCGCGUCGCCAUUUCAGCACGGGACGCAAGCCAACGUCCCGCCGUCGCCAAGAGCAUUCAUGCAGAGCACUGUGCAUACACUUGUUUUCUGUGUGCUGGAGAAACGGGAAAAGGAGGGGAAGCACGGGGAGGCAAAUCAGCACAGCAAGAAGCACAGCUGGAUGACAGCGAUACAUGCGGUAAGACCCCAAAUUCAACAAUCACGCACGGUGGCAGCACACACCCAUCCACAAAAAACAAAAAAGAAAAAACAAAAAACACGGCGGCAGGGUGUGGCUGUGUGUGUGGCGCUGCGGGUGUCUGCUCGCCCUGGCCGCAAAACAAAACAAGAGGGAAGAAAUGUGUGCUCCGCCCCACAGGCCCUCGUCGCACGCCCACACGUCACGGCUCCCUCAGCGCGCCGUUCGUCGCGGCCCCUCCUCAUGCGUGCAGCAGGCGAGGCGCACAGGGCCGUCGUCAUGAGCGUGUCGGUGGGUGUGCGAGUGGAGCAGUUGGGCGGGAAACACACGGCACCCCUCACAGGAAGAGUGCAGAAGAAACAAUUAAAGAGGGAAGAGUAG